CCUUGCCCAUCCAACCCUCUUCUUCUUCCUCCUCGUCUUCUCCUUCUAGGGUUUCUUCCUCCGCAGACACGCGCCGCCUCCUCGCCCUCUGCAUCUCCAGCCACCAGAUUCAGAUCUACUCUUCUGCCAAGCUUGUCUCAUGGCUCCUGCUGUUGAAGCUGUGGAGAAGAAGACAAACUCAGCCCCCAAGGCUCCUGCUCUCAAUGAAAGGAUACUGUCUUCCAUGUCCCGGAGAUCUGUUGCGGCACAUCCUUGGCAUGAUCUUGAGAUAGGACCUGGUGCACCAACUGUGUUCAACUGUGUUAUUGAGAUACCAAGGGGCAGCAAGGUUAAAUAUGAACUUGACAAGAAAACUGGACUGAUAAAGGUGGACCGUGUGCUCUAUUCAUCUGUUGUGUACCCUCACAACUAUGGAUUCAUUCCUCGCACACUAUGUGAAGACAGUGAUCCGUUGGAUGUGCUGGUUAUUAUGCAGGAGCCAGUUAUACCAGGUUGCUUCCUACGAGCAAAGGCCAUUGGCCUCAUGCCUAUGAUUGACCAGGGAGAGGCAGAUGAUAAGAUUAUUGCAGUUUGUGCUGAUGAUCCUGAGUACAAGCAUUACAAUGAUAUCAAGGAGCUCCCACCUCAUCGCUUGGCUGAAAUCAGGCGCUUUUUUGAGGACUACAAGAAAAAUGAGAACAAGGAAGUUGCUGUCAAUGACUUCCUGCCUGCAAGUUCUGCUUAUGAGGCCAUACAGCACUCCAUGGAUCUGUAUGCUACCUACAUCGUGGAGGGCUUGAGGAGGUAGACUUGUGCUGCAUUCAGGACCGAGAAGAUGUUGACAAAAACUGGAGACAUAUUAUCACCUUAUCAAACAAAUACAAUUGUUUUGUUGGUAUGAUAUACACCGAUAUUAAAUCAGUUUAAAGUAGUAACAGCAAGAGUAGAAACUAGUAGGAGAACAAAGAGUGAUUCCUUCAAUGGCCCUCAGUGCCACCACGAUAUGGAUUAUUGAUGAAUUGUGAUACUUUUAUGUUGAUUCUA